AUGGUCGUCACCACUACCGCUACCGCCGCUGCCAAUGCGGGCAAAUCGCGCACGAUGAACCGCUCGUGCAUCCAGUGUCGGGAGCGCAAGAUCAAAUGCGAUCGGCUCGACCCUUGCAACCAGUGCAUCUCUAAAGGCUCUGCAGAUGAAUGCAAGCGUGAGCUGCGAAAGAAGAGGGACAAGAACAAACGGCCUUUCCCCAAACGAAAGAGUCGUGUCGCCGUCGCACCGAAGCCGGCCCCCGGUUCCGAUGCCGGAUCCACCCCCUCAAUGCGUGCUUGGGCCGAGCAAUCGAUGACGUCUGCAUCACAUCACAGCGAAAGCAGCCAUACACCUUCCAGCGGCUCUGGUAGGGUCGUGACGCCCAAUACUUCGUCAUCCGUGCACGACUUUGCCAACUCCUCGGCGCAGGCUAAAGGUGCGCUGCCUGCGUUUUCGAAUCAGUCGGCCUUCUCUCAUCACGAGCACAAGCAAGGAGACCCCUGUGACUCGGACGAUGCAAGCUCGAUCGACUCGGAUGACUCGAGCAGCGAUGAAGGAGAUCAGCCGGAUAACCGUCUCCAGAUGCUGGAAGCCAACCACCUGAUUCGCAUUCACAGUGCACCCCCCAUGCGAUGUCCCUUUGCGCUCAAGGACGUCUAUGCAGAGUGGCGUGCCAUGCCUGUCACCGAGCGUCUCUCCUUGAUCCAAGAUGUUCGCGCUGCAUUGCCUAGCCUGGCGCAGACAUUGCAUCUGAUCCACGACGUCUAUGUGCAGCGCCUGCAUUCUCUGCAUGGCAAUGUGGUCCACAUUCCUACUAUCCAGGUGGUCUUGACCGAGAUGCUGAGCGAUCCUACUUUUGAGCAGCGCGAUCGAUACAAUUUUGGCACGAUCACGACCGCUCUCAUGGUCGUCUUUGCUGCGCUUCGUUUCGCCCCGCUCGAUCGUACGUAUACCUGGGGUCGAUCCUCGAGCUCAAGCAGCCCAGUCAAACCACUCGGACACAAGGAAAUCCGUCAACGCCAACGAAAGAUUUUCGCGCUCGUCAAACGCAUCCAACGGUUCAACGUCAAUUUCACCUUUGGUAGCGUCCCCGAGCUGCAGACAGCCGUGCUCAUGCUAGCUUGCGGCAAAGGAUCCUCGUCUUUUCUCGAGACGCUGGCAGACUGCGCGAUUCGCUCGGCGAUGCGGAUGCGCAUCCACCGCGUCGGCUCGCUUGAACGGCUGCACGAUCCAGGCACCACACCGACGCAAGUCGCUGUCGCAGAGAUGGCCGUGCGAUGCUGGUGGGCGCUCGUGCGUCGCGAUUGGGGCCAGAGCAACAAGAACCGCACCUACCGCAUCUCUUCUUCGCAGUUCAAUACCCGUCAGCCGUUGAACCUGUUCGAUGAUGAGCUGAUGAAGACGCCUUGUCCGCGUUCGCAUUUGCGGUCGACAUGGACGCACGUAAGCUACUCGUUUGCGACGAUUGAUUUCGCCAUCAUGACGCGGACGCUUGUGGAUCAGGUCAAUGCUGAAUCGGCACUCGACGAAGGGCCCGAAUCUGCACUCGGCUGGGGUCUCGCUGCCGUAUUUGGACAACGGCUGUCUCCGCAGCAGCGCGACUCGCUCGAUCAGAUGUUUCAAUCGCUCGUGGCCGCUUUCCCGGCGCACUACUCACUUGAAGCACGAUACGAAGUGAUUGGUCUCGUAGACGUCGAACGCUGGCUGCUGCACCAACGGUUGUUCUACCUGUUUUUGGCGCUGCACAUGCCGCUAGUAUCGGAGGCGACGCGUCCGCACGGCAGUCUGAUGUACAUGGCGGGCCACAUCCUCGACAUCCAGGACAAGGUAAGCGACAUUUGCGUACGUUUGGACAACUGCUACCUCAGCACACUCCAGACGCUGCGCGCGUGUCUGGUGCUGGUACUCGACCUGUUUUUCACCGAGGCGCCGGUCAACAUUAGCGGGCUGUCGCGGCUCAUGACGCGCAGAAAGAUCACGGCUGCGUUGGAGAAGAUUCCGAUGGACGUGCUGUCGAGCACCACCAAGCUGUGUGUGCAGCUGCUGCGAUUGCUGCUGGGCUUGGAGGAGCAGCAUCAUCAGCUGCAGAUGGCUGCUGCCGUCGCUUCGGGUGUCGAUGCGGCAGAGGCUGGCAAUGCAGCACACCAAGCAGAUGAGGCGCCGGUGUUGGAUACUGUGGCGUUGCGACAUCGAUGGCACGCCACCUGCCAGGUUCUGGAUAUCUUGCUCAACGAUGGCUACUGGCGCUCGUUUCGUCAGAAUCUGUUCAAGCUUGAGAAUGUUCCCGAAUGGCUGCAACUGCUUUUGCAGGAGGUCACGGAGGAUGCAGAGCAGGACCGACAGUCGCAGCCGUCGCAGUGUCCACUCGCCGCCGCACCGCCUUCCACAUCGGCCAGUUCUGGGCAGCCGGUAAGCACGACACCUUCAGAUUCGUUGUUAGCGACUCCUCAAUUCGUAAAUGCUGUCGACGCUGGCAGUGCACAGCCUGCCGUCGAUUCAAACGAAAGUGCAAGUUUCGCGUUCACAUUCGAUCCAAAGCUGCUGGAUGAUUUCGACGUAUCGAGCUUUGACGUGGGCGACGAAUCGUCGCAGAUGCCCCAGUUUGACAUGGAUCUGAUUGGACGUCAAGAUCUGGAAGGAAUUGGCAACUCGAGCCAGGCGAUGGACUUUGCAAAGAUGCUCAUGGAAUGGCGGGUCGAAGUGCCGCUCAGCUUGUAG